AUGGUCGUAGACAAGAACGACCACCCGCGCGUUAUUAGAAACCCGGGUUUGAAGAGGUCGAAGGGUUUUAGUCGCCGAGAUGUAGCAAACAAUUCAUCACCAGAGAGGAGGAAUCCUGCCGAGGGGAAGAUUUAUGUGUCGUCGGGGGCGUACGUUGGGGACGACAGCGUGGCGUUCCAGCUGCACUUCUGCACUGCUGACUCCAGACCCGGGCGGCCCCCGAAGAGAACCCAGAGCGUGACAUCGCCGGAGAACCCUCACAUCAUGCCGCACACUGUCCCCGGUCUCAUGUCCCCCGGCAUGAUGCCACCCACAGGUCUGACGGCGGCGGCGGCGGCGGCUGCCAACGCGGCCAUCGCCGAGGCCAUGAAGGUGAAGAAGAUCAAGCUGGAGGCCAUGGGCGGCUACCACGCCGGCGCCAACCACCACGGGGCUGACGGUGAGAACGGAGACCUCGGCUCCAGCGUGGGCCUGGAGCUCCCCUUCAUGAUGAUGCCCCACCCCCUGAUCCCCGUCAGCCUGCCGCCGGCCUCCGUCACCAUGGCGAUGAGCCAGAUGAACCACCUCAGCACCAUCGCCAACAUGGCCGCCGCCGCCCACAGCCAGAGCCUGCCCUCGAGGAUGGUCACCUCUGUCAUCAAGGGUAUGCAGGAGCGGAUCCCGGACAGUCCCUCCCCCGCCCCGUCCUUGGAGGACCACAGGAGGCCCGGCAGCCACCCGUCGUCCCACCGCAGCAGCAGCGUGUCCAGCUCGCCGGCCCACACAGAAAGCUCCUCGGACAGAAUACCGCCACACCACAACGGCCUGUCCAUGAACCAGGUCCUGCUGGGCUUGUCCCCCAACAUGCCGCCCGGGCCUAAGGAGGGAGACUUGGCGCACGACAUGAGCCACGAGCUGAAAAGGAUGCACGCUGAAAAAGAUGAUAACCCCAUGUGCACGCCCACAGCCAGAGAUAGCUACGAGCGCUUGUCACUGGCCGGGCAGACUCUCCCUCCAGGCUUCCCCUCGCCAUUUCUCUUCCCAGACGGACUGUCGUCAAUAGAGACGCUCCUCACCAACAUUCAGGGCCUGCUGAAGGUGGCCAUCGACAACGCGCGGGCUCAGGAGAAGCAGGUCCAGCUGGAGAAGACGGAGCUGAAGAUGGAGCUGUUCCGUGAGCGGGAACUCCGGGAGACUCUGGAGAAGCAGCUGGCCAUGGAGCAGAAGAACAGAGCCAUCAUCCAGAAGCGCCUGAAGAAGGAGAAGAAGGCAAAGAGGAAACUGCAAGAAGCUCUGGAAUACGAAUCCAAGAGGAGAGAGCAGAUGGAGCAGACUCUCAAGCAGCCGUCACCGGCAGACAGCAUGCGCUCGCUCAACGGCGGCCAGGCUGACUUUGCGACGUCCGGGUGGAUGUUUAACGGCGCUGAUCUCUUUUCUCCCGCAGACGCUCUGACCCCUGAGAUGGAGAGCGAGCGCAGCGGUGGAAGAACAGAUGCUGAAAGGACAAUACAAGAUGGAAGACUCUUCCUGAAAACGGCGGUGAUGUACUGAGCUGCAAGGCGGGAAUAUCAGAAGAGAAAAAAACAGGUGGAAGACGGGAGGAAAAAACAAAAGAAGAUUGAAAAGAGGACAACCCGUGACGAUUGGCCAGAGUUCAUUUCCAUGGCGACAAGACGGCGAAAGGUUUUGUGGGAAUGUAGAAUAAGAAGAAGAAUUGUCGGGCUGGUAGAUUUGGCUUGGCGGCCACUCAUCCAGCCAGCCAGCGACCACAGCACCCAAGACCUUUUGGAUCAUCCGCACCGGAAUUCUUUUGUACUUCAAAUUGAAUUUUUCAAGAAGAAAAUCAACAAAUUGUGCUGGUGGGAAGUUUUCUAAAUUCGAUACAAUCAAGUUUCCUUUCUGCCAUGCGUUGUACAUAGGAUGCUAACAAUGCUACGCUUGCUAAGUGUACAUAUAGAAGUAGACGCUAUUAGGCAAACCUGUUCUAUUAUUAUUAUUAUUAUUAUUAAUACACCUUCUCAUUCUUCUCUACCUGAGCCGUCAUUCUUUCCUAUAGCGCCCACUACUGGUGAGGAAGCAUGCAGGCAUGAUGUAAAUGUUUGUCCUGGAGUCGUGAUAUUUAACCAUAAAAUCCUAUAUUGUGUUUCUCCACUGAAGCCCUUUUUAUAUUUCUUUGUUUGGGGGGCCGGGGGGACGGGGGGGGGGCACGACCACAACAAAACCAGAAUCCAGUUGAAGACUUUGUCCUCUGUAGUCUUUGGAACACAUUUCGUGUACAGCCCCUUCAAAUCGGCACUUUUUUUUCUUUGUUUUGUUAAAGAAAAAGCAAAAUCCGCUUGAAGAACAAUCAUAUUUGUGCAACAAGAUGUUUUAUUUUUUGCCCUUUAUGGUUUCCCACGGGACAAAAAGAAUUGUUUUUCCAGUUUUUUGCUUCACCUUAAAGACUUUUAAACUUGUGUAUAUUCUUAUUAUUAACAGUCUUUCCACUGAGACCAGUUUGUGGGGCGGAGUUCUGAAAUGGUUUUGAGUGAAAAUGUUCAAAUCAAAAGAAGAAAAAACUCAGAUGUUGAAAGAUGUGUGUGGUUUUUUAGAGGCGGGUGGCUUGGGGGCUCGGUUUAGGGCGAUGGCGUCCUUUAUAGACUGUUUUAAAACAGUUAAAGGCAUACUCUAUGCUUUCAAAUCAUGUAAAGACUCCCUUUUGUUCACAGACUCUUGUGGGGUUUUGUCAGUGGAUGGCUUGGGGGCCCCGGUUUUGGGGGCGGAGUCCUUAAUUGAUUGUUCCAAAAGGGUUUAAGGCAUACUCUAUGCAUUAAAAUCAUAUAAAGAACCUCUUAUGUUCACAGAAUCUUGUGGAGUUUUGGAGGUGGGUGGCAUAGGGGCCCCGGUUUGGGGCGUGGCGUCCUUAAUGGAGUGUUUCGAAACGGUUUAAGGCAUACUCUAUGCAUUCACAUUAUUAAAAAACCCUAAUGUUCAUAGAAUCUUGUAGCGUUUUGGAGGUGAGUGGCUUAGGGGCCCCGGUUUGGGGGGUGGAGUCCUUAAUGGAUUGUUUAGAAACAGUUUAAGGCAUUCUCCAAGUGUUCACAUCAUUUAAAACGUUAUGUUCACAGAAUCUUGUAAGGUUUUGGAGGUGGGUGACUUGGGGGCCCCGGUUUGGCGGCGUGCAGUCCUUAAUGGAUUGUUUCAGAAGGGUUUAGGGCAUACUCUAUGCAUUAAAAUCAUAUAAGGACCCCCUUAUGUUUACAGAAUUUUGUGGAGUUUUGGAGGUGGGUGGCAUAGGGGCCCCGAUUUGGGGAGUGGCGUCCUUAAUGGAGUGUUUCGAAACGGUUUAAGGCAUACUCUAUGGGUUCACACCAUUUAAAAAAACUUUAUGUUCACAGAAUCUUGUGAGGUUUUUGAGGUGGGUGACUUGGGGGCCUCAGUUUGGGGGUUAGAGUCCUUAAUGGAUUGUUUUGAAACGGUUUAAGGCAUACUCUAGGCGUUAAAAUCAUAUAAAGACCCCCUUGUGUUCACAGAAUCUUGUAGAAUUUUGGAGCUGGGUGGCAUAGGGGCCCCGGCGUCCUUAAUGGAGUGUUUUGAAACGGUUUAAGGCAUACUCUAUGCGUUCACAUCAUUAAAAAACCCUAAUGUUCAUAGAAUCUUGUAGAGUUUGGGAGGUGAGUGGCUUAGGGGCCCCAGUUUGGGGGGUUAGAGUCCUUAAUGGAUUGUUUCGAAAGGGUUUAAGGCAUACUCAAUGCGUUAAAAUCCUAAAAAGAAAACCUUAUGUUCACAGAAUCCUGUGAGGUUUUGGUGGUAGGUGACUUGGGGUCCCCCGUUUGGGUGGGGGAGUCCUUAAUGGAUUGUUUCGAAAGGGUUUAAGGCAUACUCUAUGCGUUCACAUCAUAUAAAGAUCCUCUUAUGAUCACAGAAUCUUGUGGAGAAUUUGAAGGUGGGUGGCCUCCUAAUGGACUGUUUCAAAACUGUGUUCAAAUCACAUAAAGACCCUCUUAUGUUCACAGACUCUUGUGGGGGUUUUAGAGGUGGGUGGCUUUGGGGUCACUGUUAGAGGGCGGUAUCCCCAAUGGAGUGGCUCGAACCACUUUUGCACAUAUUUUCUAAUCCGAAGAGAAAAAAAAACUAUGUUGACAUAUGUAGGGUUUUUUGGGGUGUGGGGCGGCGGGGUGGGGGGGGCUAACUUGGGAGCAAGGUUGGAGGGCGUCAUCCCAAAGAACAGUUUUGGGUGUACAUACCCCGUUAGAUGAAGCAGAGCCUCCAUUGUUCACAAACUUAAGUGGUAGUUUUUGGGGUUGGGUGGCCUUGGGGGCUGGGUUAGAGGGUGAGAUCCACCAGCUGAAAAAAACAAACCGGUUGUGGACUUGAGUGAGGUUCUUUAACGGGGUGGGGCGGUUUAAGGGGCGGACAUCCUCCAUGGAGGAGCUUGAACAAGUUUUGUGCGUACAUAGAGGAGAAAAGGGGGCCUGCCAUGUCAACAAAUGUGUGGGUUCUGUGGGAGACGGGUGGCUUGGGGGCUCAGUUAGUGGGCGGCUUCUUCUAUGUGUCACUGAUAACUUAUAUAGCUGUUUUUUUUCUCCCUCUCUCCAAAUCAUCUCUUCACUGUACUUCCAAUAAAGUUGACAAUAAAAACAUUGUGAGAAUAAAGAGGGGCGGCACCUUCUUUAUGUGCUCAUAUUAAUCAUGUAUUACUGUAUGUAUUGUAUGGGGGCGGGGGGAAAGGGCGGUGGUCCACAUAAAAAAGAGCAUUGCUGUACUGUAGAAAAUGACUGAGCAUAUUGUUCUUCUCUUCGUAUAGCAAGGAAAGAAAAUGUAUAAGAAUAAUCUGCUGUGACUUUUGUUCCCCUCUGGUGGGGGCGGGGCGGUGUCCACCUUUGACCUCCACAUGUGUUUUUUUGUUUAAUGCGUAGGCCAAUUGGAAACACACAGUAUGUAAAUGAGGGUGACUGUAAAUAAAUUAUUCCCCGUGUUCUUUCAA